AUGGACGGCACGUCCUUCAUGGCGGCCACGAAACACAGACUACGUUGGCUGCGACCGGUCGGGUGCGAGUUCCUCUCCAGGAAGAAAGCAAGCAUUCCGGAGGGCAACCGCCUCAAACGCCCAAGAGCCAGCGCCGGCGCCGGCGUCAGCGGUGGUGGCCGUGGCGAGGAAGGCAUGCCAAAGGGCCGAGCGGGAGCCAGCCGCCUCCAGGGUAACACCGGCACAGGUGGGAACGCCAGAGUGUGCCCGACCAACGAGGACGACGACGAUGACAAUGCUAUUGCUGUCAGCCCGAUCGUUGUGGGACCGGAGUCACCGCCGAGCCAGGCGGGGGAAAAAGACCGAGGUGACGAUCUCGAUGGAGAAGGAGGGGACGCGUGCAUCGGCGGCGAAGAAGAUGACGGGCGUGAAAGCGAUGAUCACGGCAGCGAUGGACAGUUUUCGGUGGAUAUGGACAUAGUGGAUGAUGUCACCAACGACGAGGGUUUCGAGCUGGGCGAGAUGGAGAUUCUUCUGGCGGCGGUAAAGGCUCGACAGACGCUUGCCGCUAAAGCUGCCAGCCUUGGACGGCUUUUGGCACGCAGAGCCCUUCCGACCUCAUUCACCGACACCAGGGAUGCCCACAUGCUUCUGAUGAGCCGCGCGCGCAGCGCUGGAAGAGAAAAAGCCAUGCGCAAGUUCGAAAACCUGCUGACCGUCGAGACAGGCGACUUGUUCGCGGCGGCAACUCAUCAUCACGAGUAGCAGCAACAACGUGUCUUGUACUUUCGCUAGCACUAAAACAUGUUUGAAUCAUGUGCAUUCGAGAAUUUGUCGUACUUGCCCAGCACCAUGUGGUUUCGAGUGUCUCGACGUGUGUCCGCUGUAGUAACCGAGUAAUGAUGGUCACAGUCUUCUAUUUAGUGGGGGAACAACGAUAUUGCAAAUCGCUGGACACGGCUUCAACACAGGUUUCGCAGUUGUCAACCACUACACAUAAGCAACUCUUUUUUUGUGUUGGUUGUGCCGACUGCACGCGCCCCCCUCCCAAAAAUCGCUUCGUUCGACAUCAAAUAAUGUUUCAAAGAAAAAAAACUAUUCCUUCCAGAUCCGGUUCCUCUAAGGCGGUCUCUAGACUAGAGAUCUCACAGAAUGGUACAAAAAUGUGAAUGACUGAUCACUUUUUUUUAUUUUUUUCUUAAUAUGACACAACGAGUCCAUCUCUAUCAUAGAAAAGAGUCAGAGACAGAUUAACAAUGGAAUCAUAGCGUCAGAGGAAACUACCUGUGUGUCUACGAUUUCCCAGACAGCAUAUAGGGACAUCUCCCCUGUAGGUAACAGGCUCAACAAAUCAGUUUGGCAGCUGUCUUGUGUGUCUCAUAUAUGUUAUGUUGGGAAGGUGCAGACGAAACGUGUUGGGUACUGUUGGGUAGUCGGGCGUUUUGUGUGUCGCACCCUAUUAGUUGUAGUACAUGCAAUCUCCAUCAGUUUACAAACAUAUUCUCAGUUUGGUAUGCAUAUGUGCGGAGUAUGUGCGGCUGAUGUGCCAUCUCUAUCAUAGAAAAGAGUCAGAGACAGAUUAACAAUGGAAUCAUAGGGUCAGAGAAAACUACCUGUAUGUCUACGAUUUCCUAGACAGCAUAUAGGGACAACUCUCGGGUGACAGGCUCAAAAGAUCAGUUUGGUAGCUGUCUUGUGUGUCUCAUAUAUGUUAUGUUGUGGAAUUUCAUGUUAAAUGUGAGAAGGGCACGGGAGAACAUUUCUCAUCAUUGCCUCCUGAUGACGUGGUCGCCGAUAGAGGCGUGUGGUUGAUGAGGUUUCAUAACCGACAUGUGGGUGUGUGUUAAAUGCAGUGGGUGUGUUCACCUCUCUCGUCCGUGUGUAGGCAGGAGGUAUGGUUACCUCUCCCAUUUGUAGGCAGCGUGGACCAUACUUGUAACUAUAGACAGAGUUCAUCAUUUCAUGCAUGUUACAUCAUUUGUGUUUGACAAGGGAGGAAUGAGAGGUUGUGCGUAUGGGUACGGGGGUACUCCCUGUGUCCGUGUUGUUCCCAGAUGUUGCCGCAUCAAGUGGCAGCAUGUGUCAUGGACAGGUAGACGUGGAAGGACGGCGACAGGUGAACGGCAGCAGUAGUAUGUUGUGCAUGGUGGCAUGUUGGGCUUGUGCAGAGGCGCAGUCCAUCUUCGACCACACACAAAAAAGUUUGCUCGUA